AUGGAUGAGGAUUAUGAUAGUUGCAUGGAAUCCAUAAUGCUACAGUUGAGGCAACUUCCACCAAUGACACUAAGACAACCUCAACGCUGCCCAGAUUAUGCGGUUUGCUGUGUCUAUGGCUCGGGCAACCUAGCAAAAGUCACUACGGGCUGUAGAACAGGUGAAUUGCAAGGCACCUAUGGAUCUUCAACUCUGAAAGGCACAGAUGAUUUUUAUGCCACCCAACCUUAUGGUGAUGACCCUCCUGUACCUCAACCAUUUGUCCCUACCAAAGCAAACUUUUACCAUCUAGACAUUGGUCUUCUUGAGCUUGAAGAUUCAGAUGACAAAAAGCAUUAUUUCAGAGACAAUGAUACACCAGAUACUGUCAUUAGUUCAUCUUCUCCUGAAUGUGUCAUGCCUGAAAAACCUUUGAGAUUCCCUGGUUUGCGGCUGAUAGAGGAUGAUUUAUCAGAUGAGGAGGAACAAUGUCGUAAAAGAGCAUCUCCAGUCAUUCCCAUUAUAGCCCCAAUACCCAUUAGACUCAAGCCAGGGAUGCGAUACAUGUCUGAAUUGGACAAAGAAAAUCUAGGCAUGCCUCGAGAACCAUCUCAGACUAAGUCUCGGUUUGGUGCUCAAACCCAACUCAAGGACACAGGAAAUUUGUCUGUCACUAUUACCAUAAGUGAUUCUUCUGCUGAAAACAUUUGUGGAGUUCUGAUUGAUCUUGCCAAUGUUCUAAAUAUUGCUGCACCAACAACAUAUCAGAUUCUGGAACGUACUGGCUCUGUGCCCGCCAAAUUAGGCCUUUAUCGAUGCAAGAGUAAAGAUGGGAAAGAAAGUGCUCCAGUUGACAUUCAAACUAUAUUAAAUGGAGCUGCUAAGUUCUGCCAUCACUGCGACGUUGUCAUAUUGCACAAUGGAAUCCGGAAAAAGGCCUCAGAAAUUCAGCUAUCAAAACCCAAUGACUUACCAUUUGCCAACACAGUAAAUGAAGAUGUCUAUUUCUGUGGCUCCACCUGUUACAUGCAGUUUGCUCUUAUGCAUAGAUCGCCCAGUUUGUCACACGAAAAGGCUGCUGCACUUGUAGACCAUGUUAUUCAAGCUCCUAGUCCACCUAAAAGAAUGCGUCUUUCUACUGAUGAUGAGAAAGGCAGAACCUCUGCCAACGCAGAGAGUGUAGAUGUUGAAAUGAAAGAAGUUGAUUCAUCCUCAGUGUCAAGCGAAGGAGUUGGAGAUAAAAAAGAGGUUGUACCUGCAACACCGGCGAAAUCAUGGAAGGGUAUUCGUUUCCGAGUGUUUGCACCCAAUCAGGUACCCCCACCAAGAAAUAAGUUCCGCAGGCCCACUGAAAGGGAGCUAACAGAAAUGCUCUUCAGAAUGGUCAUCACAGUGAUGCCUCAAAAAAUGCCUGAAGAUACACGCAAAUGCCUGUUUUGUCACUCUAUUGGGGAUGGGGUCUCAGAUGGACCUGCAAGACUGCUCAAUUUGGAUGUAGACAAAUGGGUUCAUCUUAACUGUGCUUUAUGGUCUGAAGAAGUUUAUGAAACAGUUAAUGGUGCUCUCAUGAACAUUGAGACAGCACUUCAGCAAUCCUUGACUCUUACCUGUGUGCUGUGCCACCGAACUGGAGCUACACUCCGAUGUUUCAAGACCCGUUGUGCAGCUGUUUAUCACUUGCAGUGUGCUGUCAAGGAUGAAUGUGUAUUCUAUAAGAACAAGACCCUAUUCUGUUCAGAACAUGUUCCCAAAAAUGAUAAGGAAAAUGAACUUACCACUUUGUCAGUCUUCAGAAGGGUCUACAUUAACAGAGAUGAAAAUAGACAGGUAGCCACUGUCAUGCACCAUGCUGAUGAAAAUCAUUUGAUGAGAGUGGGAAGUCUUAUCUUUCUCAACGUGGGACAACUGCUUCCUCACCAGUUCCAGAAUUUCCACAAUGCUAAUUUCAUAUAUCCUAUUGGCUACAAAAUUAUCCGCUUUUAUUGGAGCAUGCGAGUUGCAAACAAACGCUGUCGUUACAUCUGCUCAAUUCAUGAAGUAAACGGCAAUCCCGAAUUCAAAGUACUUGUGUCAGAACCAUCUCAAGAAGAUCUUGAACUCCGUGAUACCUCAGCCAAAGGUGUUUGGCAACAGAUUUUAGAGCCAAUGCAGGCUUUGAGGAAAGAAAAUAGCAACAUCAACAUUUUCCCUAAAUAUAUCUCUGGAGAGGACCUGUUUGGUCUCAAUGAGCCAGCCAUUGUGAGAAUUCUUGAGAGCUUGCCAGGUAUUGAAACAUUAACUGAUUAUAAAUUUAAAUACGGACGGAACCCACUCCUUGAACUUCCUUUGGCUGUCAAUCCUACUGGUUGUGCUCGAUCUGAGCCCAAGAUACGGGGCCAGGUAACAUUUAAGCGCCCCCACACCCAACGGACAGCAGGCAUUUCCGCUCGGCCAGCUUUAGUAUCCACUCCAACUUCGGCCGGAGAAGUAGCCUGUCCUUAUUCUAAACAAUUUGUUCAUUCAAAGAGCAGUCAAUAUAAAAAGAUGAAGCAGGAGUGGCGCAACAAUGUGUAUUUGGCAAGGUCUAAGAUAGCUGGUUUAGGAUUAUACGCCACAAGAGACAUCGAGCGUCAUACCAUGGUCAUAGAAUAUAUAGGAGAAAUAAUUCGGUCAGAACUGUCUGAAACUCGUGAAAAGAAGUAUCAGGAGAAGAAUCGCGGGAUUUACAUGUUCAGAUUGGACGAGGACAGAGUUGUUGAUGCUACUCUUUGUGGUGGGCUUGCAAGGUAUAUAAACCAUUCUUGUAAUCCGAACUGUGUGGCUGAGAUUGUUGAAGUGGACAGAGAUUUGCGUAUCAUCAUCUUUGCCAAAAGACGUAUUCAGAGAGGAGAGGAGCUUGCAUAUGAUUACAAAUUUGAUCUAGAGGAUGACCAGAACAAGAUACCUUGUUUGUGUGGAGCACCUAACUGCAAGAAGUGGAUGAAUUAAAAUUUUGAGAAGGACUAGAACCAAACAGCACAAAGUUUGUCAUGAGGAGUGAUCAGUGAAAUACCGAUUUUGAAUCUCUCGGGAUAUGUCUUUGCAGACAAGCCUAUCAGUCUUGUUAGUGAAUUGACUUACAGCGUUCAUCCAACAUUUCUUUACUGCACUUGCACUUACUUAUGUGAUAAAAUAGGAACCCAAUCUUUUGGAAAAAUGUAAAGGAAAUGAUGUUUAAACCGACAUAAUGCCAAAUGUAUUCACCCACCUCUAGAAUAGUGUCUUGUUGGUGUCUUGACAAAAGUUUAUUUUAGAAUAAUAUAUAAAACUUUUUUUGUGUGUUUUUUUCAUACGCUAAUUCUUUGUUAAGAGAAGUUGUUGGAUAAGUCAUGAUAAUAGACUUAAUGAAUUGAUGACGGGUCAAUGCUUAAGUAUUCUCAAUCGGUAUGUCACUUCUACUAUUUAAGAAUUCUAAUAUUGUUGAGAUUAUGAAAUUAAUUUGCAGAAGUGUCCUGUAAACAUCACUAACUGUAAAUGUUUUGCCCUCCUUCUGCCUUUUCUCUCUUUUUGUCUUGGAGCUGUUGGGACCACUGUUGUAAGCUGUGUAGUCUUUCGGAUGUGUGUAGAGGAAUAUUUUCUGUAAGACCUGAAUGAAUUUAGAGAAUAGAAGGACCUAGUCCAUCCCUUGCUGUAUAAAUGCAAGGUGUUAUGAGUGUAAUAGCUGUCGGUGCUGAUGUUGUUGUAAUUUGUGUUAUAAUUAAUUAAUUAUUUUUGCAUUGCUGCCUUGUGAUUGUGUCCUAAACUUAGGUGUGCCUAGUUGCACUAAUUUUGUUCUGAUUUUGUUUCAAAACAUGCAUUUAUUAUUACUUUGUAGUAUUUUUAUAUAAAUAUCUAUUUGUAUGUUGAUUGCCUCCAGUCAGAGCUCCUGUUAAUAAAAUGCCAUGUCUUUUGUCUGUGAGAUAUGUAACAAAUAUUGAUCAAUUCCUUGUUUUACUCUGUACUUUAAGUUAAAUCAUGUAACUGUCAAAAUGUUUGAAAAUAAUUCAGUCAUGAUGUGUUAUUGUAGAAAGAUAAUUAGGCUUGUGUGAAUAACUCAAUAGGGGAGCCAUAUUUUAUUGUAAAUCUACUAGAAAGUAUAUAUUUUUUUUUCUCGUGGGAUGCUCACUUCCACUACUGUACAAACUUUUAUGUGAGGCAGAAUUUCCACAGUUAAUAAUGUAUCUAUUAAUUGUAGCUUGAUAGUCAUUGUAAAUAUAACUAGUGUACAUUCAAAUGGAAUCUUUUGUAAAAAUUAUUAUGUAGGUUAGUAUCUCAUUUUAUCAUAGGUCAUUGUGAAUACACUGGUCUCUUAAUGAAGUAGUUCAUUGAUUUCUUUCAUUAUACUUUCAUGUACCUUAUCAUUUGACAUACUAUUAGCCUGUUAAAAUUUUUAUGGCUUGACCUUGUGCAAAAUUUAAGCACCUUUAUGUUGUACAUUCAAUAUGAAAUUUUCUCACACAGUUUAGCAUCCUAAGUAAUGAACUUUUUGUGACAACACUUUUGUCAAGUUGUGAUAUUUUACUGGGCAUAAUUGACAUGACUCUGAAAGAGCAAAAUCAUAAUUAUUCAUGAAAUUACCAAUACCUUUAACUUGUAGAUUUUCCUACAAGAAAUGUGUGAGCAAUUUUUUAUUUGUUGUUUAGGCUCAAUUUUUAAAUUUGUUCUUGCAAUGGUUUGUUUUGCAUAUGUUUUGUGCUUUAUUUCUGGCGUAUACCUGCUUGUGUGUGCCUGUAUGUCACAAAAAUAAAGCAGAAACCAUUACAUUUGAAUAUAAA